AUGCAGAAAAAGAUCAGAGAAAGAUUCUAAAACCAUCCUGAUACUAGCCUACUACAUUUUUCGAAGCUGUAAAUACAACAAAGAUUACUAAACAUAGCUUACCUUUCAGUCUUUCUACUUCAAAAUGUCACGUUCAAUCCAGUGUGUUACUUUGCCCAUUCUUUGCAGAAUAUAAAUUGUGAAAUUUGAGCUAAAAUGUUUUCUACAUCUUCAGUGUAUGUUUUAACAAAAACGUCAAGACAAUUGAAGAUACACUGUAAGUGUUUAUAUUCAUCUAGUGUUGUGUCUCUAACACUUGGGGCAGCACAGCUCAGCUCAGGUGUACAGUAUCUAGGUGAGUCUGUGUAGUUAAGACGCACCCACCGCUCUAUGCCACUCCCUUCCAGGUGAAGUGGUAACGGAGAGAGAGAGCCUUCCUUCGCGCCGCUAACCUAUGAAACAAACGAAAACACUUUCAAAUCCUUCCUUCAGACGGCUGGUUUUUCAAAAAAGCAAUUCAACUGUCCCAAAAGACCAAGCAUAACAGUGAAAGCAGCGUGAAGAUGGAGGCAGCGCCGGCCGGUCUCGGGCGCUGUUCUUGCGCGUUCUGGCUCGCCGUGGCUUUCGACGCUCUUGGUCUCAUCAUAUUAUUGCUUGGCGUGUUUGGAGACUUAUUUUUCUACGACUUCUUGAUAUAUGCGGGAGCCAUCAUCAUUUUUCUGAGUCUGAUUUGGUGGGUUUUCUGGUACACGGGUAAUAUUGAGGUGCCCCCCGAGGAGCUUGAGGACGAUGUGGGUUUGCUGAAGAAGAGCAGAGGGUUGGCAGGGGUUGUGAGGAGGUUCUCCAGCCGCGUCUCGAGCGGAAUCAGAAACUCGCUCAGGAGAAAUGGGGGGCCCCGAGGUCAAGGCGCGGAGCCCGGUCAAACAAAGCACAGGAGAGACGGCAGUCAAGCACCAGUGUCUUUUGCGAUGAACCCUCAGGAUAAUGUGAGCAGUGUGUCUGCGACAGUGAGCGGAGGAGACACUCUCAGAACAGAAACACAGGCCAUAUGAACCAUCACGGACAGGUUACAGAAGAGGAUAUUCAACCAUAUGGCAUUGCCUAUUAUGCCUAAGCGGACUUUUGUUUUUCUCUCCUGUUGAAACAUUCAUUUUUUGACUCUGGCGUUUUAUUGAAAAUGUUUACAAUUGAAUUACAUUUUGGACAUUUUGCUGAUUUGAUUGAUUUUGUGCUUUGUACUAUACACUAUUUUGAGAUUAUGCACUGACAAGAAUGGCUAUAUGACAAAAUAAAUGCAAUAAUGUAUUUUCCUACAUUUAAUUGUCUGUUUUAUAUCUGAGUUUCGACCAACAUGAUUGUAACCCGGACAUGUUCUAGUGUCCUGCUUUUAUUGAAUCUCGCACAAACUGUACAACCUUUGGACAUUGAGAAGUGUUAUUAGGUUUGCUUCCUCUUAUCUUUGUUUGCUCAUACCAAUUUAGAAGCAGCAGGUGUAAAUGAACCAGAUGGAUGGGUGGCAGGCGGUUUGAUAGUUAACUCUGUUUUUUAUUCAAAAAAUAAAAAUUGCAGCUUUCAGGUG